AUGUUGAAGCCUCUUCUCAUCUUGCUGCUGGCUGCCAUGGUUGCGGCUCAGGCCAACCAUGUCAUCUACGGCUUCGAGUAUCUCGGAUGCGUCAGUGUCACCUCGGACAAGUUCGACGCCUUUGUCGACUUUGGUCAAGGCUACACCCCUGAGCAGUGCCAGUCUGCUUGUACCGGUCGCAACUACGCUGCUACUUUCCCCGACUAUGCCAAUGUGUACAAGGCUUGCAAGGAGAUGCCGCUCCCCUCUGCUCCGUCUCCCGCUGGCCCGGCCUCAACUGGUCCAGUUGGCAAUGAUCCGGGUUCAGAUAUCACGUAUUCCACCAUCCGACUCCCUCCCAUCACCCGUACCGUGAAGCUGGCUACGAGAUCUACCGUCAUCAUCCAGAGCGUCACGCCUGGCAGUGACGAUCUGACAACUUCCUGCACCGUGCUGUCGGGCACUCCCACUACCCUGUCGCCGGCAUCUCUUUCAGCUCCCACCGUUGUCGUCCAGACGGUCGUCGUUCAUGUCCCGCCGAAGAGCACCCUUGGACUUCAGAGUUAUGGCAGUGUCCAGUUGGAUCCUCCCUUGGCUACCGCACCGCCGGCUGCACCGAUGACUGAGACAUACACCAACCCUUCCGCGCCACCUCAGACGACUCCCAGCGACCCCGGCGUCACCAGCCUGACCCCGUACGACGACCCUCCCGUUGCCGUAUCUCCUCCGGGCAAUGUCACCGUUGUCGUCGCUACAUCGACUCCUGAUGGGCCGAUGUUCCAGACUCUCAUUCUGACGGACGACCCUCCUGCUGCCACCGCGACGUCCACUCCAGCCGUCGUGACUCAGAGCCCAGCCCAGCGGCUCACAGUUUCGGGCAUUGGCAUCGUCGUUUGGGUUCUGAUCGCGAUGGGUUUCUAA